UUCGGGAAACUGUGGCCGUGGCUGGGGAGGGAAAGCAACCCUGCCUCCGCCACUGUCCCCCGCCCCAACCGGGGUGGGUCACCCCACCACCCUCUCUGAGGAAGGGUGGAAAGGAAAGAAGCACCCGCGAGGGGCACCAUGUUCUCUCUCAAGCCGCCCCGACCCACCUUCAAGUCCUACCUCCUGCCGCCCGCUCCUCCACCUCAGGAUGAAGAUAGGAGUAUUCCUGAACCCAAGAUUAAAAAGCUGGACCCAGUGCUUUUGCCAGGUGAAAUAGUCGUAAAUGAAGUUAAUUUUGUGAGGAAAUGCAUUGCAACAGACACAAGUCAAUAUGAUCUGUGGGGAAAGCUGAUAUGCAGUAAUUUCAAAAUUUCUUUUAUCACAGAUGAUCCAAUGCCAUUUCAGAAAUUUCACUAUAGAAACCUUCUUCUUGGUGAACAUGAUGUCCCUUUAACAUGUAUUGAGCAAAUUGUAACAGUAAAUGACAACAAAAGAAAACAGAAGAUCCUAGGCCCCAACCAGAAACUCAAAUUUAAUCCUACAGAGCUAAUUAUUUAUUGUAAAGAUUUCAGAAUUGUCCGAUUUCGCUUUGAUGAAGCAGGUCCUGAAAGUGCCAAAAAGGUGUGCCUUGCGAUAGCUCAUUAUUCUCAGCCAACAGAUCUCCAGCUACUCUUUGCAUUUGAAUACGUUGGGGAAAAGUACCACAAUACGGCUAAAAAUAUUAAUGGAAUAGACCCUGGAAGUGGAGGAAUAACUGGUGGUAAUAGUCAAAAAACUCCUUUAUUUGAAACUUUCUCUGAUUGGGAUAGAGAAAUCAAAAGGACAGGUGCCUCAGAAUGGAGAGUUUGUUCAAUUAAUGAGGGCUACAUGAUUUCUACUUGCCUUCCAGAAUAUUUUGUAGUUCCAUCUUCUUUGGCAGAUCAAGAUCUAAAGCUCUAUUCUCAUUCUUUUUUUGGGAGACGGAUGCCAUUAUGGUGCUGGAAUCACUCUAAUGGCAGUGCUCUUAUAAGAAUGGCCCUCAUAAAAGAUGUAUUGCAACAGAAAAAAAUAGAUCAAAGGAUUUGUACUGCAAUAACCAAAAGUCAUCCACAGAGGAGUGAUGUUUACAAAUCUGAUUUGGAUAAGAAUUUGCCCAGUAUUCAAGAAAUACAAGCUGCAUUUGUAAAACUUAAGCAACUAUGUGUUGAUGAGCCUUAUGAAGAAACAGAAGUGAAAUGGUUGUCUUCACUGGAAAAUACUCGCUGGUUAGAGUAUGUUAGAGCAUUCCUAAAACAUUCUGCUGAACUUGUAUAUGUGCUGGAAAGUAAACAUCUUUCAGUUAUCCUUAGAGAGGAAGAAGGAAGGGAUCUGAGUUGUUUUGUAGCUUCUCUCAUUCAAGUGAUGCUGGAUCCUCAUUUUCGAACAAUUACUGGAUUUCAGAGUUUGAUACAGAAAGAAUGGGUCAUGGCAGGAUAUCGAUUCCUAGACAGAUGUAACCACUUAAAUAGAUCUGCAAAAGAGUCUCCCUUAUUCUUGUUAUUUCUGGACUCCAUCUGGCAGCUGUUAGAGCAAUAUCCAGCAGCCUUUGAAUUUUCAGAAACUUAUUUAAUGUUGCUGUAUGACAGUACACGGAUCUCAUUGUUUGGCACUUUUCUUUUCAACUCCCCUCAUCAGCGAGUAAAACAAAGCACGGAAUUUGCUAUAAGCAAAAAUAUACAGCUAGGUGAUGAAAAGGGCUUAAAAUUUCCUUCAGUUUGGGACUGGUCUCUUCAGUUUGCAGCAAAGGAUCGUACCCUUUUUAACAAUCCCUUAUACAUUGGAAAGAGUGCACCGUGUGUUCAAAAUGGGUCAGUGAAAUCAUUUAAACGGACAAAGAAAAAUUAUAGCUCUACAUUAAGAGGAAUGCCACCUUCCUUUAAGAAUGGACUCAUCAAUGACCAAGAUUUGCUUCCAAGGAGAAAUUCACUAAUAUUGAAAUUAAAGACUGAUAUACAGCAAACUGACAGCCAGAGCACUGAUAUGGAGCAAUACUUUAGAGACUGGUUUUCAAAACCUGUUGACCUGCAUGGUGUAAUUCUACCCCGCGUUUCGGGAAUACACAUAAAACUGUGGAAACUAUGCUACUUCCGUUGGGUUCCAGAGGCUCAGAUUAAUAAUGGUGGCUUCAUUACAGCAUUUCAUAGAAUAUCUCUUCUGGCAGAUGAAAUAGAUACGCUCAGCAGGAGUCUUCGACAGUACAAGAGCAGUCCCUCGCAAGCCAGCUAUUCAGAACUGGAUCAGAGUAGGAUGUACUUUAAAGCAAAUGGUAUAAAUGAUACAUCUGGGACUCCAGAGUUUCUUUCCUCUUCAUUUCCAUUUUCACCUAUAGGGAACCUUUGCAGAAGAAGCAUUUUAGGAACACCAUUAAGCAAAUUUUUAAAUGGUGCCAAAAUAUGGCUGUCUACUGAGACACUAGCAAAUGAGGACUAAAAUGUACUUUAUGAACAUUUGGAAGAAAAUGGGAAAUCUUUUUCCUCCAAGUUAACACUGCUAACUGUGGCAUCUGAAGGUGUAAUAAUUUUAUAUAUGAGAAUAAUAGUUGAAAUUUGCACAAAUAUUUAAAAGCAAACCGAAUCAUGC